AUGGGGCGAUCGCCGUGCUGCGAGAAGGAUGGGCUGAAGAAGGGGCCGUGGACGCCGGAGGAGGACCAGAAGCUGCUCGCCUACAUUGAGCAGCACGGCCAUGGCUGCUGGCGCUCGCUGCCCGCCAAAGCCGGGCUGCAGCGGUGCGGCAAGAGCUGCCGCCUCCGGUGGACGAACUACCUCCGGCCGGACAUCAAGCGGGGCAAGUUCAGCCUGCAGGAGGAGCAGACCAUCAUCCAGCUCCACGCGCUGCUCGGCAACAGGUGGUCAGCGAUCGCGACGCACCUCCCGAAGCGCACCGACAACGAGAUCAAGAACUACUGGAACACGCACCUCAAGAAGCGGCUGGCCAAGAUGGGCAUCGACCCGGUCACUCACAAGCCGCGCUCCGGCGCGCUCGGGACAGGCGGAGCAGGAGGGGCCGGCGCCGGCGGCGGUGCCGCGGGCGCGCAGCACGCCAGGGCCGCGGCGCACCUCAGCCACACAACGCAGUGGGAGAGCGCGCGGCUCGAGGCCGAGGCGCGCCUGGCGCGCGAGGCCAGGCUGCGCGCGCUCGCGGCCUCCGCCGCCUCCGCGUCCGCGUCCGUCUCGGCGCCGCCGCCACAGAUGCCCGGAGGACCCGCCGCGGCGCACCGGCUCGACUCGCCGACGUCCACGCUCAGCUUCUCCGAGAGCGCGGCGCUCGCCUCGGUCCUGCAGGAGGCUCACGGCGCCGCAACGGCUGCGGCCGCGGCCACGCGCGCCGCCAUGCAGCCCAUGCAGGCGUACGAGGUGGCGUGCAAGGAGCAGCAGCAGCAGCAGUGGGGCGAUCACGUUGUCAAUGUCGCUGACGCAGGCUUCGCCGCGGCGGGGUUCACGGGCCUGCUUCUCGACGGCUCCUUGAGCCAGCAGGAUCUGAGGCCGGCGACGAGGCACGACGAGGACGCGGCCGAGGCGGACGCCGGGCUGCAGGAGACGGAGGAGGAGAAGAACUACUGGGACAGCAUAAUGAGCCUGGUAAACUCGUCGUCGUUGCCGACAUCAUCAGUAGCAGUGCCCGCUCCCGAGGCGUACCCGUCUUCGGCGUCGUUGCAGACGUCAAUGGCGAUGCCCGCGCUCGAGGCGUACUCGUCUCCGGCGUCGUUGCAGGCGACGUCCGUGGCGAUGCCCGCGCUCGAGGCGUACUCCUCGUCAGCGUCGUUGCAGACGUCAGUCGCGAUGCCGGCGCCCGAGGCGUACUCGUCGUCGGCCUCGUUGUCGACGUCAGUCAUCGCUGUGCCCGCGCCCGAGGCCUACUCUCCGGCGCUGGAGUUCUGA